UGAAUUGAUCAAACAGCUAACAAGAAAGUCUUUGAUUGUGCCUAUUUAAUUGUUGUAAUGUGAUUAUUUAGUGACAGUACCAUGUCUUGUUUCUGCAUGUAAAGUGCUUGUGAUUUAUUUUAAGUCUCGCUGUAAAAAUGAGGCUUCUACUAUUUUUAAAAGCAAUUGGAUCUAUUUCGGUGAUGGUCUACGGCCGUGGAAUACUUCCAACUAAAACUAUUCUAAUUACCAAACCAUUCACUACCACAACAGGGUUAAUAAGCUCUUGUGCAAUGAUAGAAGAAGAUGUUCCAGUGUGCAAAGAUCCCCCGGGAUCACACUAUCGAUGGUCUCAAAUACCAACGCCUUACCCAGAAAACGGUUUUGCGGUUGCAGUAGAUGACCGCAGAGCCUUUGAAGACGUCGCCGCGGGGUCGACGAAGCAAGACGAACGUAAAUGGAAGUUGCGGGAGACAGUGACGAAGACAGUACACGAUAAGGUCACCGUAUGGUCUCUACCGGAGACGGUCGUCACGUACUUUCUUAAAGGCUGCAGUCCCACACAGGUGCCGUUCGAUUUGUCACCGUGCACCGAUGACGAUUGGAUAGCAGACAGUCCCGACGAGGUUCGGUUGGAGAGUAGCACUCGAGUCAUUUAUUACGCGCCUCCUGCUCAAUAACGUCAAAGGCCCGAGACAGUUACUGAACAUGUGUGCCUGUGGGGUGUUCCCAUGUCGACAGCACUCGAAACAACCGAACAAUUUUCAAUCUCAAUUUCAUUGGUUCACAAUCGUUUGAAUUUCGAAAAAAGAUUUAUCGGUAACCAAAAUCACCGACAAUUUAUUAAGAAAAACUUCACUUUUUUUACUUAUCAUUGUCAUUGUAAAUGUAAAAUAUUUUAGUUCAAUAUCGAUGUACAAUAAAACCGUUACAACACUACUUUUGUUUAUGACUAAAAAUGUGAAUAACUAACGCUAAUGAGUUAACAAAAUGUCUAACUAAAUUUACAUUUUGUUUGAGACACUACACAUAAAAAAAACUGCACCAUAACUGCCAAAAAGGUUCUUUUACAUUACUUUAUUGUGUAAAUCACAGAAAAUAUACAAAAAUGUUUACUGAAUUAUGGCGAACGACAUUUUCAUGUUUUUAUAUCAUAUGUCAUGUAAAAAUGAAUAACGUUAAUUUUU